UUUUUAUUUAAUGAGUGUUUUUGGGGUGACAUAAAAUAUUCGGAGUCAUGUUUUGUGAGAGUGAAGCUUGAAUCUUUUUAUGCAUCUUUUUUUUUCUAAAGUACUUGUUGAAACAAUGAAGCUUUUGUUUGUUGUAGCUGUUUUUCUGUGGGAUUCUAGUGGCACAGAGGGAAAAUCAGUCCACACUCUUCCUGACUUUGGAAACACUUAUCACGUCAAAGGAGUCAUCUCUUUGCCCUAUGCUGAGAUUGUGGAGCCAUUUGAAGGCUGGUUCGACCUGAAAGCAAAAUCCAGCAGAAUAGACUAUUACAAUGGCCAGGUUUCCACCUACCAGCUGGGGUCGCAGCAGCAGUUUGGUGUGGCUUAUAAAAUCAGCCCAGAGACCACAGAGGAGGAACAAAAUGUGAUCAAAUGCUUCCAGAUUAAUGGAACCAAGGAGGAAGUGGUCUCACCUCAGGCAUCGCUGCCUGAUGUUCAGGGCUUCCAGUUCCUGAAGAUGGAUUAUUAUGGUGGUUCUCUGUGUGAAGUCUGGCAGAACGUGACCACUGUGGGUAACAAGAAGAACACCUACACACUGUGGGUGGCUAACCCAGAAAAAGGUGGGGCAACAUCUACAGCCAUUCCCAUUCAUUAUGAGAUGAUGGGAUACAACACGCUGUUGAUGUCCCACUAUGACAAGUACCUGGUGGACUACAAAGAGUUCAGCCAACGUCUGGAUCCCAAAGUCUUCUCUCUGCCUGAAGGGAUGACCUGUGGAGGUUUUCCCGGUCCAGGCGUGGAGCACCACAUGUUGGCCAACCCGAUGAAGGAUCUGAUCCACACCACAGCGUCAGGUCACCCGCAGAAGAUGUUCGGCCACUUCAAGGAGAAGUUUCAGCGUCGGUACAGUGACGAGAGGGAACACGAGGAGAGGGAGCACGCGUUCCUUCACAAUCUCCGGUACGUCCACUCUAAGAACAGAGCUGGUCUGUCCUUCGCUCUGGCCCUGAACUCCUUGUCCGAUCGCACCAUGUCAGAACUGGCAACUAUGAGAGGAAGCAAAAGAGGCAAGACGCCAAACAAAGGCCUCCCAUUCCCAUCCAGACUCUACGAGGGGGUGAAAGUACCUGAGUCCCUCGACUGGAGGUUGUAUGGAGCUGUGACUCCAGUGAAGGACCAGGCCAUCUGUGGAUCCUGCUGGAGCUUUGCCACCACUGGAUCAGUAGAGGGCGCUCUCUUCCUAAAGACGGGCUCUCUGCAGGUCCUGUCCCAGCAGGUGCUGGUGGAUUGCUCCUGGGGUUUUGGCAACAACGGCUGUGACGGAGGGGAGGAGUGGAGAGCGUACGAGUGGAUCAUGAAGCACGGGGGCAUCGCCACGACAGAAACCUACGGAGCCUAUAUGGGAAUGAACGGAUUCUGCCACGUGAACUCCUCCCAGCUCACUGCGAAGAUCAAGAGCUACACUAACGUCACGUCGGGCGACGCCGAGGCCCUGAAGCUGGCUCUGUUCAAAAACGGGCCGGCAGCCGUCAGCAUCGACGCUUCACACAAGUCGUUUGUUUUCUACAGCCACGGCGUCUACUACGAACCGGCCUGCGGAAACACCACCGAUGAUUUGGACCACGCUGUGCUCGCGGUGGGAUAUGGCACCUUGAACGGGGAGCCAUACUGGCUGGUGAAGAACUCCUGGUCCACCUACUGGGGCAACGACGGCUACAUCCUCAUGUCCAUGAAGGACAACAACUGUGGCGUCACCACCGACGCCACGUACGUCACGCUGGCUUAGACCACGUGGAGCUGAGAGACACUUUAUUUCAUUUGAUGAUGUGAAGCUGCACGACUCGGACACAAAAUUCACAAAAUACAUUCACUUUUUGUCAACAACUUUAUUGCUGUUAUGCCUUCUUUUUUUGGUAAAACAGUAACGCUUUAAAAAAUGUUCAAAUGGAUCAUUACAGUAAAAAUAUACAGUUUGCACUGACAUUUAUGAUUAAUCUACAAUACCUGCCUUAAUUUUCAAACUGAGGCCUCACGAGUCAUUUUGACCCAAGGGCAGCAGUAGGGUUAAAUAUUCAGCGUUAGGCUUUCAUUUCUUUUAAGAAUUAUUGUUUUGAAAGUCUUAAAAUUGUUUUAAUUUCUUGCACUUUUUAGUUGUUCGCAACCACUCGUUCAUAAAUCUAACACCGGUGUGUAGAGCCGAUGUGUCAGUUGAUUUAUGUUUGAGGCUUUUUUAGUAAAAGAAAGCAAUAAAUGCCCACAAUUGAUGCUAAAAUCAAAAACUUUGUUUCAUGCUGAUGGGUUCCAUCUCAUAUUUAAAAACAAACAAACAAACAAACAAAAAUCUCAGGUAAAUUAGUCAUAUAAUCGCUACAUUAAGCAUAACAAGGAAACUAAUCUUUAUCUCUGCUGCUGCUCUAGGGUCCAAAUGAAUCUUGAAGCCUCGUUUUGAUCCAAGGGCAGCAGCAGAGUUUACAGUUUACUUUGUAAAACAAUGCUUCACAAACAAUUUCAGGCAUGAUACACUUAUUCAUUUUAUAAAAUGAUGAAAAAAAAUCUGACAUUUGUGUCAAAAAUUUUCUAAUAAAAAAUGUUUCAACUUC